AUGAGCCAGACAGCCGAGGAGCUGCUAAUCAUCUAUGAGACCGAGGCAGAGCAAUGGGCAACCUACCUGAAGUCAGUCUUCACUGGUCCCAUCUCAGAGGCUGGGAUCUACUGCUAUGACAUCACUACAGUGUCCAGCCGGCGGGACGACUUCCUCAGGCUGGCCCGAUAUACCUGCAAGCUCCUGAUCCUUUCAAAAGGGAUGCUGGAGGGUCUUUGCCAAAUGUGGCGCUUCUUUCUGGCCCGUGUGUUGAGUCCUGCGGCUCAUGUGGUGGUGCUGCUGUGUGGGGUGGAGAGUCUGACCCCACUGCUGGAGCUGGUGCCUCUGAACGGCGAGGAGUGCCUGCAGAUCUCCAGUGAACAAGAUGCUCAUGAAUACCUGUCCACUGUGACUGAUAUUGUGAGAAAAGGUGUGCCAGCCACAGCAGCAAACGUCAAUCCCUUGACAUGUAAACUAUCAGGAUCAGAGCAAAAGGUGGAACAAAUGCAGUCAACUGGAGCCAGUGUUAGAUGCAGAACUAUAGUUGUUCCUUCCAGAGUUCCCUGCGGGACCUCUAUUGAGGUGUUCAUUCUUUUGAAAAAUGAGGCGGCUGGCAGCGAUGCUGAGGUUGAGUUUACUGGUGAAAAUCAGAUGCUGAGAGUGAAGCCUGUCCAUUGGAAUGACCGAAUCCUGUGUGUCAAUGCACCAGAUUUUCCAGCAGGGAAUGUAAGCGUGACCGUGUAUAGUAAUGGAGUGCCACUGAGCAAGGCACAGUUGCAGUACUACAGCAGCAUGGAGGAGAUCACCUGCCUUCUGUCCAGGGUAGCAGACCCUGUAGAUUUCAUGUGUCAGGCUCUUCAGGUGUCCUCUGUGGACAAGUUGGAUGAGAAGUUGUCGUCCAUGCUGCUGGAGGGGAUGCCCACUGGAGGCUUCCGGGCGCUGCAGUGUGAAAACACACCUGAAAGAGAGAUCCACCAUGCCGAUGUACCAUCACUCCUCCACUUUGCUGCCCAGUAUGGAUUCAAGAGUGUGUCCAGCCUGCUCCUGCAGUGUCCAGGCGCUGAGCGAGCACUGCACACAGCCAAUCGGCACGGUCAGACUCCCACAGAGAUUGCCAAGAGUCACUGCCAUACAGAGCUUCACGUCUUAUUGAAGGAAACACUGAAUAUGUUCAGCUCCAGUGAGGACAAUGGUGAUGCCAGUGUGUAUGAAGUGAUGUGCACUGCAGGGAAUCCUUCCACCACAGAUGUACAUAAAGAGCAACAAGGAGAGGAUGAAGGGGAGGAGGUAGAGGAUCUCUAUGCUCCACUGGGGAUGAAUGAUGAAUAUGACACCAUCCUGAACUCAACAAAGGCAGUGGUUAUUGCAAAUCGCCCACCAGCACCCACACCUCGGCCUGAGAGCACCCAGGUGAAGGAGGACAGAACCCCUUACAUUGCUCAAGUGUUCCAGAAAAAGAAGACAACACAGGGUGAUGAUCUAUAUUCACUUCCAACUAAACAAGGUAAGUGUGAGGACAGCGUCUCUUCCACCUAUGACACCUUUGUGCCAAACCGGAUACACGGACUUCAGCAGCUCAUUGAGCUCCAGCAGAGGGUGAAGGCGGGCUCACUCACCGUGGAUGAGGCCUUGGAGCAUUUCAGUGACUGGCAGAGAGUUCAGAAGGGCAUGGAUGCCAUCCAGCAAGAGAAGUUGAGUCAGCUGAGAGCCAGUAUCAUCAACAACAGAGAGGACGAUGACAGUGUCUAUGAUAAAAUCAACAUCGUUCAUCACACGCCAAGUGUUACAGUGAAUGAAAGUCGAAGCAGAAGCCAAGCAAUGGAGUCUGAUUUUUACAGCAAGCCACUUAAAGGACAGCACUCAAAUUUCUUUUGGAGAGCUGACAAACGGUGA